AUGGAUUCAGAAGGAUUCAUGCACACCUUCCAGGAUGAACUCAAAUGCUCCAUCUGCAUGAACUACUUCAUAGACCCCGUCACCACAGACUGUGGGCACAGCUUUUGCCGUCCCUGCCUGUACCUCUGCUGGGAGGAAGAACAAGCCCCAAAGAGCUGCCCUGAGUGCAGGGCAGUGUCAGAGAAGCCAGAUUUGAAAACCAAUAUUGUACUCAAGAGGCUGGCUUCCCUUGCCAGACAGGCCAGAGCUUCCCACAGCAGCAGCUCUGAGGAGCAGCUCUGUGGGACACACAGAGGCAAGGGGCUCUUCUGUGAAGCUGACAAGACCCUGCUGUGUGGCCCCUGCUCUGAAGGCCCAGAACAUGCUGCUCACAGCCACAGUCCCAUCCAGUGGGCUGCUGAGGAACGCCGGGAGAUGCUUCUAAAGAGAAUGGACUCCUUAUGGAAAAUGACCCAAGAAAUGCAAAACAAUCGGAAUCAGGAAACGAAGAAAAUCCGGUCAUUGGAGGACUAUGUGACCUUAAGGAAGGUGAUGAUUAAACUUCAAUACCAGAGGAUGCACCUGUUUCUCCGGGAGGAGGAGCAAUUCCAUCUGGAGGCGCUGGAGAAAGAGGCGAAGGAGACUGGCCGAGACCUCAAGGAGAGUGUUUUCAGAAUGACUCAGCAGAAAGAAACCCUGAAAGAAAUGUACAGCAUGCUGACUGAGCUGUGCCGCAGUCCUGACACGGAGCUGCUCCAGGACUUGGAAAAUGUGCUGGAAAUGACUGAAUUGGUACAGAUGCAAAACCCUCAGCCAGUGAACCCAGAGCUCACCUGCUGGCCUGUUACUGGGAUGCUGGAUAUGCUGAACAACUUCAGAGCGGAGAACGUUCUGAGUCAGAAGAUGAGCAUUCACAGCGUGAGGCUCUCUGAGGAUGAGGCGAGUGUGGUGUUUGAAGACGACCCCCAGGGCGCGUCCAGCGAGCCCCCGAGCGAGGAGAGAUUUGUGGCCUGGGGGGCUCAGGCCUUCACCUCCGGGAGGCACUACUGGGAGGUGGAUGUGACCCGGUCCUCCAACUGGAUCCUGGGAGUCUGCAAAGACAUCUGGACAAGCGACACCGACAUCAGUGUGGAUUCUGAGGAUGCCUUUCUUCUGUUCUCUAUGAUCAAUGAUCAAUAUACUCUCUCCACCAACUCCCCGCCCUUAAUUCAGUACGUGCAAAGGCCCCUGGGUAGGGUUGGAGUGUUUCUGGAUUAUGACAAUGGGACCGUGAGCUUCUAUGAUGUUUGCAAAGGCUCCCUCAUAUAUAGUUUUCUUCCUUCCUCCUUCUCCUCCCCUCUGAGGCCUUUCCUUUGCCUUCGAUCCCCAGGGAACUGUUGA